CUGUCAGCCUGCGGGUCGGGUCUGGCGGCUGUUUCCGGUAGGAGCGCGGUGCAGGUCGAGUCGCUGUCUGCUCCUCGUCAUGUCCUACGGUCCCUUAGACAUGUACCGGAACCCGGGGGCCUCGGGGCCCCCGCUCCGGGACUUCAACAGCAUCAUCCAGACGUGCAGCGGCAACAUCCAGCGGAUCAGCCAAGCCACCGCUCAGAUAAAGAACUUGAUGAGCCAACUAGGAACUAAGCAGGAUUCAAGCAAGCUACAGGAAAAUCUGCAACAGUUACAACACUCUACAAAUCAGCUUGCCAAGGAAACAAAUGAAUUACUGAAGGAACUGGGGUCCUUGCCCCUUCCUUUAUCUACUUCAGAACAGCGCCAGCAGAAACUUCAGAAGGAACGUCUCAUGAAUGACUUCUCUGCAGCCUUAAACAGUUUCCAGGCUGUGCAGAGAAGGGUGUCUGAAAAGGAGAAGGAGAGCAUUGCCCGAGCAAGAGCUGGAUCUCGUCUUUCUGCGGAGGAGAGGCAGAGAGAGGAACAGCUCGUCUCCUUUGACAGCCAUGAGGAGUGGAACCAGAUGCAGAGACAGGAGGAUGAGGUGGCCAUCACCGAACAGGACCUGGAGCUUAUUAAAGAGAGGGAGACAGCAAUUCGGCAGCUGGAGGCUGAUAUUUUGGAUGUCAAUCAGAUAUUUAAAGAUUUGGCCAUGAUGAUCCAUGACCAGGGUGAUAUCAUUGACAGCAUAGAAGCCAACGUGGAAAGCUCAGAGGUGCAUGUAGAAAGAGCCACUGACCAGCUACAGCGAGCUGCUUACUAUCAGAAAAAAUCUCGCAAGAAGAUCUGUAUCCUGGUGCUUGUCCUGUCAGUGAUUAUUGUAAUCUUGGGAUUUAUUUUGUGGCUAGUUAAUAAAUGAAGUGAUUGCCUCCAGCCUUCUCCCGCUGAGCUGUUUUCAAGGGCAAGUGCUUGUUGGAGUCUUGCCAGAACAAACUGAUCAUACGAAGAGAGAAUACACCAGAAUGUCUUGUAAUAAUUUAGUUAGAAACUACCUACUAACUAGUCCUUGGAAUUAGUGACCUAUGGAGACAGUAUUUAUCAAUUUGUGUAUACAUUUUAUUGAUUCCUCAAAUUAAGAAUUAAUUUAUGUGGAUUUUCUUUUCUCUUGUAUUCUGAUUGCUCAUCAUCCCAAGUGUUUACUUAAAAUUCCAUUCUAAGAUAUUCUUGUUUCAGUAGGCUAACACUACAGUCUUGUAAUAUUGUCUUUUUAUGUAUAUACAAGAUUUACCUUUUUACUAGCAACUGAGAUAGAAUUACUUUCGGUCACCCAGCACAUUGGAGUUUGUCAGAAACUGUAUAAUAAGCCAGCAAUUUUUAUUAUUUAACAUUUUAAUUUGAAUUUCUAAGAAGCCUGUUCCCUAUAUGCUUUGAAAAAUUUUGGCAAUGUAUUUAACUAGAGAGUAAAAAAUUGCACAUGUGAUCCAGAUUAAAUGAGAAGUAAUGAUCUGAGCUGGCCAGCUAUUGGGGAAUAUGUGUUAAUCUGGGUUUAAAGUUUAUUACUUGUUCGUGUCAUUGACUGCAGUUCAUCCAUAUAUAUGCUAAACCAUCUUGUCCACUUUUUGAAGAGGUUGAUUGAAUCAACAUUACGAUGCUCUGUGGCGUUCCUCUCCCACCUGUCUGUAUAGAAUGGGAGAAUUAGACAAAGCAUGCUUUUGGAAAGCAAACAGGAAUUGUUUGGAAUGAUUUAAUCUUCUGUUGUUGUUGCUCAGUUGUGGUUCUACAUUCCUGGUAAAUGAUGACUGUUGCCAUCAAAAGGCUGCCCCCUACCCUAAUAAGGUUUGCUGGGCAUUUGGUGGCAGGGAAAUUUUAAAAGCUAGACUCAAGUUGGUUUAAAAUUUAGAAUUUAGUCCUGUGAACUGGCAAGAAAACAAAGAAAAGGUACUUUUUUUGUAAAUAAUAUUGGUUUGGAAUAGUGAUGUUAGAAUUAUCCUAAUUUAUGAACAAGAGGUUAAUCUCUCCAUGCAUAGUUUUAGACCAAAAAAAAUGUUUCAAUAAAAGAUUGCUG